UUAAAACAGAAUUGUCGCGUUUAACCGCACUUAGAGGAUGUAAAGAAAAAAGUAAGGGUAAUGACUAAAAACACUUGUGAAGCCAGACAUCCCCCUGCUCUGUAAAAUACAAAGCCUGGUAGCAAAAACUUUUGAUCUUCUGAGACAAUAUACAGGCAAGUUAUUCAGUGGCUGAUGUAAUUCAGUCUGGAGUAAUCAAAGCUACAUGCUUAAGGAUAAACCUACAUAAUGGAAUUUACAUGAUUGUAUCCAUGCCUGUGCUUAGUCACCUUUGCACUCACCAGAAUGCAUAGAUUUGCAAUAUCUAGUUCCAGUCUGCUGCUUUGCUUGAAUCAAGUCAUAACAGUUCAAUGAGACCUAGUUUUGGUUCCCUUCAGCUGUGAAAAAACCAGCUUUUUUCUUUCUUAAAAACCUAAAACAACAGAUGCUUCCUGAAAACAAACGGGGUUGGUUUUCAGUCAUUGAAAAUAGAAUGAGGAUGGAAAGACAAGAUAAAGACAUGAUACAGUUCACUCAUACACAACAGUAUAGCUGAAGGACUGAUGUGAGAAAAUGAACCAAAGAAGUCAUGUUUUCCCACAAAGGUGAAAACAACCUUUGAAAACAAUAGAACUUCUGGUGCUGCCACAGAAGCCACUUCUCUGAGGAAAUCCAGCAUGGUACAGUGGAAUAAAAAUUUGCUUGCCCGGCUAAAAUUACUGUAUUUUUAGCCUGAUUUCUGGCUCAGCUUAUGUUACUGAGAAGAAAAAUGCACACAAAACAACUGCAGUGGGAAAUAAAACAUGAAAGUUGACACAAUUUUGGGACAAAGUUUGUACUAUGGCUGAAGAGUCAAAGGAUUAGCACCAGGGAGAUGCAGUCACGUACCCAUAUGCUCACAGACCCCACACGGUAUAAUUUAGCCAUCUGGUUCAUGGAGUAUAGCAUGUUGUCUAGUAGCAUUCAUUUUCAUUGCACAAUGUUUAUUGUGGAUUGAUUAAAUCUUGCUCUCCCUCUGGAAAGAAUCCAGGUACAUGUAUUUAUACUUUGCUAUAGGUGCUGACAGAGAAGCACACAAAACCACGGGAGAAUGGGACAGGCAGAGUACGUGACAUGGGAAAUUGCCUGCUGCACCAGCUCUACACUGUCCCUGAAAUGGGCUGCCAUGAAUAACAGCCAUGAUUUUAAGGCUGUGUUAUGAAUUGUACUUCAGUGAUUAUUUCUUGUUUCUGCAUUCUGGAAAGCGACUUUACAGAGUUGCCUUGAAGUUCACUUGGUUUCAGUUAAAAUGCUGUCUCUACUGAUGAUAAAGCAAAGACGGCUGGACCACAACUGCUGAUAGUAACAUACUUUUUAAAGAAUUUGAGCUAUUCUGAGAGGAAAUGAUAGCUGAUUCUUGCCUUUUUGGAAAGUCAGGCUGCCCUGAUAUUAGGUUCCCUGGACUACAGAGGUCCAUUGUUUUUUUUGAAGCUAAAUGGUUAAAAGGUUGGAAGUCUGAAUACAAACUGACCUAUUUAAAAAAAACAACAAAACCAAACCACCUCACCUCAUUUCCCAGUAUCCUCUAGUCUUUGUCAAUUUUAUCAGUGACCCAGUACACCAUACUGUCUUGGAUGUGCCUCCUAAGAAACUCUUUUUUUUUUUAAGAAAAGCUGGUAACCAGCAAAGAAGACACAAAAGCUAAAAUCACUAUGUGGAGCUGUGAAGCCUUAAUCAACAGUACCGAGAACAGCGAGGACCAGCAUCUCUGCCAUGACUUUGACCUUGUGCUUUCCAUCUUUUCCCUUCUCUACCUCAUUAUUUGUUUCCCAAUUGGCCUUUGUUACAAUGGCCUGCUGGUCCUAGUUAACCUCUACAACAAAGCUACUAUGACUAUGCCAGAUGUUUACUUUGUCAACAUUGCCAUCGCCGGUCUCAUCAUCAACACUCUGGCACCAAUGUACCUGCUGGGUCUUGCCAAUACAAAAUGGGCCAUCUGGAAUUCCAACAAUGAAGUUUAUAUUACCUUUCUUAUUUUAUUCAAUGUCUCAUCGUUAGUUACCAUGUACUCUACCACUCUGCUCAGUCUGGACUACUACAUUGAGCGUGCCCUGCCCAGGACUUACAUGUCCAGUGUGUACAACACCAAGCACGUCUGCGGGUUCAUUUGGGGCGGUGCCAUGCUCACAAGCUUUUCAUCUCUCCUGUUCUACGUCUGCAACCACGUGUCCACCAAAAUAAUUGAGUGUUCCAAGAUGCAGAACCAGGAAGCAGCAGAUGCCAUCAUGGUGUUUAUCGGGUACGUGGUACCCGCCGUCGCUGUUCUCUACGCACUGACGCUGAUCCUGCGGAUACGCAAGGAGGCCACGCCGCUGGAUCAGGACACUGGGCGCCUGGAUCCAUCGGUGCACAGGCUUCUGAUCGCCACAGUCUGCACACAGUUCACCCUCUGGACACCCUAUUAUGUUAUUCUCUUGGUAAGCACAUUUACUAACCUACGAGGAAGAAUUCCAGAUGUAAAUUCCAUUCAGAUAUUACACUUUGCAACGAUUUUGUCAAAAUUCCUGGCUUUCUCCAGCAGCUUUGUCAUGCCUCUGCUCUACAGAUACAUCAACAAAAACUUUCCCAACAAAUUGCGACGUUUGCUUAAAAAGAUACACUGUGGGAGCCAAGGCUGUUCUCACGAGCGCACAGUUGUACAGCAGGUCAUGACAUAGGUGUGACACAACCCCUGGUGCUCUGGGACUGCAGCACUGGGUGCUCAGUGCUGGGACUGUGACGCUGCUGUGUUGGCACUCAGAGACAUUUGAGAGUCCCAACCAAGAGGCUGGAAGGAGCUUCCAUUGCAGUUGAAUGCAACAGUCUUAAUUUUCCAGUAGUAGUUUGCUGAAGUGGUGUGAGGCUCUGGCCUGUGUGCUGCAUUACCUGUGACAUCAGAUACCUUCAGUGCACUGAACUGGUGACAAAGGAUAAACUCUGUUUUCAUGGCUCUGAUCUUCCUGUCUGAAGAAAUCACUAAGCAGUUUAUUGAAGUCUUGACUGAAGACACAGCACCUUGUAUCUUGUAUAGGAAAAAGGUAUUACCUUGUUUUCUGUACCAAGAAGUGAUAGUGCUAUCCUUGAUGAAGUAAAUAGCAUUUUUCAAUGAAGAUUAUAUAGAUGAUCUUUACUAAAGAUCAUAUUACCCAAUUAUACAUGUCCAAAUAGUAAAUGUUAAUUAUAAAUUAAAUUAUUUAAUUUCUUUCUCCAUCACUGAAUUCCCUCUAAAAGAAGCCUAAUUUACUUUUUUUCAGAAAUUAUUUUCUCACACAAACUAAUCUGUUUUAACAUUUAUGGUAACCUGAUUUUUCUUUAGCUACAACAAAUAACAAAAAUGUGUUUUAACUUUCCAGUGCUUUGUUUGUAUCCUAAAACAUUUCAGAAAUUCAGAAAUAUUUAUUAACUAAUUUUGAUGGAACUUAGAGAUGUUUGUUCCACAUACUAAAAUGAAGGACACAGUGGUUUACAAAGUUAAAUCAGAAUUCAACUAGUAAAGAUUGUCUGGCUAAGUGUUAUGGUCCACAUAUGUUCAUGUAACAAGAGUAAUUAUCUUAAAAAAUAAAGAUGUUUAUGAUUAACAUUUUGUAUUUUCAAGGGAUAUGUUUGCAACAAAUAAAUUAAACACUCUUUAAUCUAGGACAUCACUGGAGGUUUGGAAACCAUAUAAAAUUCCUCCAAAAGAAUUCCAGUCAGCAACAGCUCUUUGCUGACCUCUCAGAAAAGCCUUCCAUUAGGAUUCUUGGAAUCCCUAGUAAAUUCUAGUUUCACAGUAGGGAUGAAGAAAUCCAGUCCAGAUCACCAAAUUUUACUGAUGAUAUGAAAUACAUGAGAAACACAGACAUGCUGCAGGAAGCACAUAAAAAGUUACAACAAACUACAAAGCACUGACCCAAAAACUACCUGGUCUUGUCUUAUUGCUGCAUUAAUGAUGGGAGGGAACAGGAGAGGGGUACAAAUGAAGCUGACAUUCUCCCACUGGUGUGGGGCCACAAGACAUUUUUGUCACUUGAUACAUGCUACGGGAUCAUUUUAUUGCUUAAUCUGUCACAGCACAACUCAAAUUCCACAUGACUUCAUCAAAAAAUGUGACUUUUCAAGCUUCUGGUACCAAAAAAAAAAAAAAAAUGGAACAAGACCAGAACUGAACUUUUCCCAUUGCUUAGAGCACAAUCUUGUCUCUGAUGACUGGUCCUAGUCUGUCAGCAGAGACACAUACUAAAGUUCUAUUUGAAAAGCAGGUGAGGAACAGACCUUUCAGAUCUUUUCCCAUCAAGCAAUUGCUUCCCAUAGUCAUCUUUGCUUAUCUUCUUUAUACACAAGCAUCUCUUAGUUAUCAUCAUCCUGGUGGAAGACUUUCCAUUAAUCUUUACUUUUUAAAAUAGCUUUUCACAUUCUAUUGAAUAUUUUUAACCCUUAAAGCCUACAGAGUAAAUAAUCGAUUUCUGUGGUGUUUUCAGUUUUAGUCUGUUGAUGAAAACCACGUUAAGGACUGAAGCUGUUCCUUAUCACUGUGUCAAACUCACACACUCUUUUACAGUCCCUCUAUGCUGACAUACAUGAUACUGGCUGCUUUCUUGGUUUUGUCCACAUUGAGAGAUUUACUAUGAAUUUCUACACAUCUUGACCACUCAAGCUCACUUCCACAAAGAAGUGCUUAAGAACAAAAUCUUUCCUUACAGCUGUCAAGCAAACAGACUCCUUCUUCCCAUCUGAGGAAAAUUAGGUUUCUUAAUGCACCACAUUAAAUCUCUCACAUAAAAUCUGUUAAAGAAAUUCAGUGCCAUUAUGCAGGAGGAGUUCCAGCAGGGAGGAACUGGCUUAUCUGGUGUGAAUAGAGGCUUUCAGAACUGGGACACUGCCAGAACAGUGCGGCUGAGCAGGCAACUUCAAGUGCGAUUUCAACGUCCAUGUUGCUUCCUUACUUCCAUUUCCUCCUUCUCUUAAGAUAUCUUAUUUUCUGUCUCUAAAAGAACUGCUGCCUUUAUUUCUGUUCCUUCCUCUCUGUGUUAAAUUCUCGGUUUUAGAUCAUGGCUCUCGUAUCAUUUCUCUUUAUCGUUUUUCACUUCUCUGCACAAUUUAUUUAACUUUCAUUUCCCUUCCAUCUCUGCUUGUCUUGCACACCUGGUACCAUUCAAUACUCAUGUUUACUUCAUCACACUGACUCCUUUAUGAUGAUCCAAAUCUUACUCAGUGAUCUGACAUUACAAACAAAUACAUGUAGUAAAAUGGAAGCUGCUAUUUAAGAGAUGCAGAAAGAUAGAUUUUUAUGGAAUUUAUCUGGUUUUUUCCUAAUAUUUUUUACUGCCAUAGAGCUAUGGAUAUUUGUCUGUAUCGUUGAUAAAUACUAAAUGUGAUGGCAAGCAUAGAUACAGAACUUGGAUAAUUUAAUGAACAAAACUGCUAUCCACUCAACCUCUUUGCAAAGUUAAUUUGAUGUAUUAGUUGCCUCAAAGAAACUGUGCUAUGGAUCUGCUUGGCUGCUGUUCUAAGGAAAUUCUGAACUUAAUUGCAGCACCCUCACCUGGUAUCUCUUAAAAAGCAGUAUCCCAAAAAGAAAAAGCUUUGCAGUUUUUAUAUAAAGAACAGUAGAGGAGUAAGUGCAGUAAAAUACUUAAGGAAACACAAGGUAUAAUAAAUUAGGAAGAACUUUUAUGGACAAAUAUUUAAUACACAAAAUUAUCGAGAAUAGGGCCUUUCCAUUUCAAAUACCUGAAGGUUUCUGGUGACUGUAAAUAGGAGCUUAUCUAUUACACAUUUAAAUAGAUAUGAAUAAAAUACUGUAUAUAUGCAAGAUAAAAAUCAGCCUACUGAUGUAAAAAGAAUCUGCAAAGAGUUUAUUAAAUUAUUUCUACAAGUGUAUCAUUUAAAUGUAAACCUCUGAACAGGAAGGUGUACUGUAUGCUUCUGUAUGUAUAUAAUGUGUACUAGAAAGUAAGCACUAAUUGAGUGCUGUUAUUAACAGUGUUAUUUUCUCACAAAAUUAAACUUAAUAUUUUAAUUGAUCUGUGGCUUAUAGCCGUUUUGCUGAACUGCUAAUUAAGUCAAAUCAAUGAACUAACAAAAAUGUCAUGCUCUGCUUCUAUCUGAGCUGUUAACAGCUAGCUCAAGACAGGUCUUUGUUGACUAACUUAGUAGAGGUUCUAGUUUCAAAAGUUUACAUUUCAGAAUCAAAUUUUGUUGGUCUCUGAAGAUUUUUUUUUUCAGUUAAUAAAAGAAGGUGAUCAGCCACUAAAAAAUUCCUGGUUCUAUUACAAUGAAGAGAUGUGGACUCCAAUAUCAUGUCAAAAUACUACAGAAAUGGACUUUCUGGAAUGCUUCAUAGAGGAAUUAUUGACUCAGAAUACAUUCUCAAUAAAAAGUGUACAAGUGAACAUGGUCAAUAAAAUGUGUGGGGUUU